GUGAGAGAACCCCAUUGAUUCAGAUCCGAUUUUCUAUUAAAAAAAAACAAUGUCACUGAAAUUAAUUGACACAAAUUGAUUUCGCAAUUUUCUGAGAAGAAAAUAAUCACUAAUUAACGUUGUGAGAAAGGAAUUUUACUCAUCAAAUGAUAUACGUUUUAACAAUAAAUUGAUCACAAUCAAUAACAGGUCAAUAUGUUGAGAUUUCGUCCCAAAUUGGGAAGUGAGCGUAGCAGCGAGUGGCGCUGCUGUUUUUGUCUUCAUGUGCGCACAGGCACAAUCUUACUGGGAACAUGGCACCUGCUAUUGCACCUCAUUGCAUUAGGCUUCCUAGCAGCCAUAGUGCGAGACCCUCGCCUUCUUGAAGAACUUGAGCGUGAGUCAUCUCCAGUUGCGGACUGGAGUGAUGUUGGGCGACCAAAUAACGCAUUGCCCACUCCCCUGUCUAACGUGGAACCUCCUCCAAGCUCGUUCCCACAACAUGCCAAUCAAAAUAGGGACCAUAGCCUUAUUUACCUGUGUACCCUGGCGAUCACGUUGAUGCUGAUAUAUGGCGCGGCGCGCGGCAAGCCGGCACACCUUCUGCCGUUCUUCUGCCUACAAAUAUUCGACUUUGCCAUCACUGUCGUAACGGCGACCGGUUACCUGUGCUACCUGCGUUCGAUCCACCGCCUGGUGGCAGAGACGCGGCGCGUGCCGUGGCGCGCUCAGCUGCUUCAGUUGCCGGCGCCCGCGCUAGCGCUCGUCGUCGUCUCCGCGUUCCUGGCCGCUGUGCUGAUUAAGGCGUACUGCAUCAACAUCGUGUGGCGCUGCUACAAGUACCUGACGAUGCGCGCGCACGCGCUGCACAGCCUCACGCCGUUCGUGAUCUCUCAAGACGGCGUGGUGACGCCCGCGCCGCUGCCGCACGCCUGUCCCCCGCCCGCGCCCGACUACUCCAGCCUGCUGCCCGCCUACGACGACGCCGUCAAGCAGACGCCGCCGCCGUCCUACCGCGCUGCCACGCUCAUGGCCGCCGCCGACCCGGCGCUCGUCACGACGCCGCCGCCGUCCUACCGCGCUGCCACGCUCAUGGCCGCCGCCGACCCGGCGCUCGUCACGGUCAUGACUAACUGUAAUGAAACGCCCGCGCCCGACUACUCCAGCCUGCUGCCCGCCUACGACGACGCCGUCAAGCAGACGCCGCCGCCGUCCUACCGCGCUGCCACGCUCAUGGCCGCCGCCGACCCCGCGCUCACCACGCCGGACACCCCGCCGACCGAGCAGCCCCCGCUAGCCGCCGCGCCGCCCACCAACACCGUGGUCAUGCUGCCGCAGCACGGCGCGCAGGCCCGCGUCUGAAGCUCGCGGGACACCACCACCUGUACCCACGUGACCUCCCGCCAACGGUCCGGUUCGUAUUCCUUUUUCAAAUUCAAACCUUUUUUAUUGUACAGUCGACAGCAUAUUAGACUAUACAAUAGCCGGCAAUAAAUAUUGCACAUCGACCUUUGGAAAGAGACAAUCGGUUAAUUUCGGCUUGUAGAGCGUUAUCUCUGUCGCACACUACCUAUACGAUUGACAAAACAUUAUUCAAUUAAAAUAUUGUCCGAACCCUUAGUAUUUCUCUUCGACAAAUACUUUAACAUAUUGUGAACCACUUUUCUUUCACGACUAUAAAAGUUUUUAGCAAUUUAAUUCACAAAAUCAAUUGCACACAUUUAAAAUAAAGUUUGUUUACACUUUGACAAAACGUCAUUAUGUCAGUCGUUGUUCAAGUGCGACAGUGAUAACGCUCUACGAAACCGAAAUUAGCCGAUUUCUCUUUCUUAAGGUCGAUGUACAAUAUUUAUCGCCGGGUAUUGUACGUUUAUGUAAAUCGCACCUAUAAAAUAAGAACAUACAUAGGUGGCAGUGUCGAUCAGUUUAUUCGAUUUUACGUUUGUCUUGCAUAAUCGCACCUAUAACAAGAGCAUAGGUGCCAGUCUUAAUUAGUCUUCUGCCAUAGCGUAUGAUUGCGCGUGUAUUCCCUCUGAUGUCUUGUACUGAAAAUGCUUUUGCUAAAAUCUAUUCAACCAAUACAUCUUUGUAAUAAAAAGUAGCAUUCAAUAUUUAAAUUACAGCAAUAUCGUUUCUUGCAAUGUGUCAAUUAGUGUUGAUUUACAAUUACUCCAUGAUUAAUGCAGGUUAAUGUGUGAUUGAGUACAGGUUUAUGGCCCUUGCUUGUGCCUAUAUUUUUAAUAUUAAUAUAAUUAUUAAUUUUAAAGGGAUAUUUUCGUUGGGGGCUGAUCCAGACUAUCUAUUUACCUACAUUUAUUUAAAUAAAGUGAAACAAAAAUGAAAUUUUGGAUUUAUAUUUAUCUUCAAAUUAAUUUACUGGUAAUAAAAUAUAGUUGACAUUGCAGUUACUUCAUAGUCAUUCCCUUCUGGGUCCGCUCCCGACGCCUAGUAGUAAAGGAGCGGUGAUGGCACUCCCGCGCUCGCGGCGCUCGGUCCUUUACCUGUUGCAACUGUAGUGCCAUUACGUUACGAUGUUUCAAAAAUUUAUUUUCGUAUGAUACUUAGGUAACCACUAGUUUUAUAUUCCACUUCUAUUUAUACUUAAUUCUGUUAGAGUUUAAAAUACACAGUUAUUUUUUGUGUACAUUAUUGGUUUAUUGCCAUUUUUUUGUUAUUAUCAUCAUCAGAACGCGAGUCAAAAUAUUGCUUAGGACUAAAUUAUGUAUCGUUUGUUGUAGUUUCUUUGGCAUAAUAACAACAUUCCUUCCUCAUUUCUAGGCUAGUAUAAUGUAACAUAAAUGUCUAUUCAUUAAUCAUUGAUGUCUUGAAGUGUCUACUCUAUUUACAUCUGGUAACAUCAUAUUGCACUUACACAAGCGUUACUUACAAGUAUGUAAGUUAAAAACGACCAUGAUGUCAAUUUGUGUGGCAUCACACCGUCCAUUUUGACGCUAUUGGCAAUGCACAUUCGAUGUUCCUACCAUAAUGUUGUAUACGGAAAGCAGGUUUUAUUAUACUAUUGUUUCGCUUUGUUCAUAGGCAAUUGUAGUAUAAAAACUGACAUGCUGCAACUUUUCUGACAGAUAUACCGUGUUUGAAUUACUCACAGUUACGUCUACUUCUCAAUGUGUAAGAUUAUCAAAGUAUAAAUUACCAAGCAAUGAUGCCUUAGCUCAUUGGUAUCUUGCAGUGGCUUGAAAUCUUUAUAGCAGUUGUAUGUACGCGCUUAUUUAGGAAGUUUUCAAAAGUAAUAAAUGUCAUCUGCAUUAAAGGUUUCUAGCACCUGCAACGACUUAUUUUAAAUGUAAGGGAAAAAUAAUUAAUGUAUAUUAAUAUUUGAUGUGUGUACCAACUAACGGAACGUAAAUUUUAGAUGUAGUCUGGUUAUUGAGUGUCUAGAAAAUUGCUUGAAGUCACUGCUUUGCUCAUAUAAAAUGGUAAGGUCCGUAAGUAGUUUCAAAAUGGCCUAAACAUGUAACACAUAGUAAAUCUUCAUGUUGAAUUAUAGUAAUUAAACGAUAUUAUUAACAUUUAUGAAGUCAUAAUAUUAUACUGACACGUGUAGGUAUUAUUGUCGAGAAUAUAAUAUCUAAGUAUGUAAUUCACUAUCUUGAUUCACAUUGGAUGGAAACAUUAUUGGCUAAUAUAGUUCAAUUCGAUUAUAAUAAAAGUAUUGUAUACAUUCUUGCCAAAUUUUUAAUUAAUUCUCGAAUAAUCUGGAUGAAGUACAUUUUUAUGUGAGAAGCUCGUACUUACUUCGCAAUAUAUUUGUCAACGCAAUUUUUCAUAUCAUUUCACUACGGAUAUUUUCUUAUUCAUUGCUGUCACUUGUCAUAAUAUUCCAUGUUGUUUUAAGUUACAAAAUUCUAAAUUAGUAAUACUACUUAAAAGUUACUGAUAAUGUAAUAAGGGCACUAUUCAAAUCAGUGUGUAAAAGUACCUACUAUAUUAUUGACUUUAUGUAAGAUAUCCAAAUUUAAAUAAAUCGUAUGUCUAAACGUAAAA